AAAGCAAGUCCUCUUUGACCAUUCUCCUCUCAAAAGGCGUGUACCUCGCAGGCAAACUACCCAAAUGGAGCAUCACCACCGUAGACCUCACGAACGUACACCUCUCAUUAGAGGUGCAAAUGGGAGACAGGGUAACCAAGAAAACAAGGUAUCGCAGGAUUCGCCAGACUAUAAACGAUGGCAAAGACUAAUGUUGACGCUCCUGGUGGUCGCAUACACGGGUUAUUACUUUUGUAAAACCAAUCUACCGCUUGCUAUUCCAGAUCUUGAAAAAAAGGAAGGGGUCACGAGGACGGAUAUUAGUAGUAUUUUGGCAUCUGGUUAUGUCCUUUAUUUAAUUGGAAAAUUCAUGAGCGGUUACUUGAUUGACAAGUUUGGUGGGAAAGCGACCCUGCUUGCCGGUCUUAUUGGCUCGAUCGUCACGACCGUUCUUUUUACAUUCAAACUCCACCCGGUGUGGUUCGCGAUUUUGCGUGGGUUGAACCAGUUGUGCUCUAGUGUCGGUUGGGGUGCCUGUGUCAAGACCGUCAGAGGAUGGUACGAACCGAGUCGAGCAGCCCAUGCCGUCGCUGUCGCCUCCUUGGCUGAGACCGCCGGUGAUGCCGUUGUUCGAGUGACGUUGGGAUUGACUCUAGUUGCCGGAGUGUCUUGGAAUCAAAUGUUUUAUAUAUCAGCGGCGAUUGCUGCUGUCAUGUUGAUACCCUCAUGUUUCGUGCCCGCUUCUCCCCAGACUAAAGGCUUUGAUGGUCCGCAAGAACAAAAUCAGGCUGCUCGUGAGGCUAUGAGAGACCGCUCAGUGUAUACUGAAGGAUCUGGAGGAGGUCUGAGGCCCUUUUUGAAGAAUACUAGAGUUUGGUUACUUUCCUUUGAGCUCUUGGGCGUCGUUUUGAUUCGGGAAUCAUUCGCUAGCUUUGUGUCAGCGCUGAUCGCUUCAGAGAUCAAACUCUCGACAGGUUACUCUGCUGUUGCUUCCGCAAUCUUCCCCACUCUCGGCGCAGUCUCGGCAAUGGGAGGCGGAAUCCUUUUGGACAAGACUCGUCAAAAUCGCCGUGCACUCAUCCCGCUCGUAUCACUUACUGGCUUAGCUGCAGCAUUAUUGGGCAUGUGGGCUGUCACGCCUUCCAAUGCCGGGGAAUCUUUGUCGGUUUACGGGAAUGAUACGCUAUCUCCUCAACAGAUGGCACUUUUCCUCGGCAUGAUUGGAUUGGUGGCCGUAUUCCUUUUUGCACCUAAAGUUAUUUUCGAUGGCGCCUUUGUCAUGGACUUGGCCGGCGGCCCGGAGCACCUUGGAAGUAUGACGGCCUUUGUGACGGGAGUGGGUUAUUUAGGAGGAUGCAUUUCACCGUUUGUGUCUGGAGCGUUGGCUGACUCCAAAGGAUGGCCUACUGCCAUUCUCGGCUUGGCGGGUAUCGCAAGCACCAUUGCGGCAGCCAGUGCAGUGUACUGGUUUUUAGAUUUGAAAAAAUUGAAGGAAACAUCGCGAGAUGAAGAGAGCCUUGUUCCAGAAGAUUAGUAUUGUAGACGAAGGGACUUGGUCGCUUAAAAAAAAACGGACAAGCAACAAUCUCUAGGUACACUAGCGGUAAACUGCCCAGACUAGCUCAGUAAUAAACAAUAAACUAUUUACAAAAGCU